AUGAUGACGUAAUUGUAGGAAUUCAUCAACGCCAUGGCAGCUCAUGCUAGCGAGCUUGAGAUUGCAAAGAAGAAUUUAACUGAUGCAAUUGGUGAUAAUGUCAAGCUUUACUGGGCAAACCUGAAGCUAUGGUUCAAACAGAAAAUCAGCAAGGAGGAGUUUGACAUUGAGGCUCGUCGUCUGCUGGCUCAGGAGAACGUCCAUGUCCACAACGAUUUUCUCCUGGCCAUCCUCACACGCUGCCAAAUCAUUGUGUCCACACCAGAGUGUGCAGGGCAACUACAGUGGCAAGGUGGCUCUGCUUCAAAGCCUGGAAAACCAAAAGGGAAGAAGAAAUGUUCCUCCAGACAGAAGUUUGAUCAUCGUUUCCAGCCACAGAACCCUCUGAGCGCCGCCCAGCCUUUCAGCCCCAGGGAGGUGGGAGGUGAGGAGGAGGAGCUGCGUCUAAGUGCCCACACUCUGCUGUUGCCCACGCGGGGCCAGCUGGAGGCCCGCAUGAUGGUGACGGCCUUCGAGCUGGGCCUGGAUAACAUCACAGACGAUGCCGUCAGCAGCAUGAUCCAUGCUGUUGAGCACCACUUGAAAGACGUCCUGACUGCUGUCAUCACCCGGAGGAAGGCGUAUAGGUUACGAGAUGGUCGCUUCCCGUACGCGUUUGGCAGCGAUGUCACACCGCAGCCUUAUCUGAAAAACAGCCUGGCUGCUUACCGCAGUGUUACUGAAUGUCCCCCUCCAAGUGCUUCCCUCGCCACUGGCCCACCACCUCAAGUGUCACCUGAUGAGGCCGAACAGCAAGCUGUUCACUUAUUGGCGUGUUCUGCUGCCACUCUCCCCGCUCCCCUCCCUCCAAUCAGCGCGUUUGAUCUGCUGGAGGCUUUACAGGUUCACCGCGGUGUGAUGCCCUCCCACACUAUGUAUGCCCUGAACAUGGAGCGCAUCCUGUCACGGCUCUGGCACCCGAGCCACGAAGAACUGGAGCAGGACCACGUACACCGGCAGCGCCUCGCUGCCAAAGAGGGCGUGCUCGUCAGCUGAGAACCACGAAUGCUGGACUGUGUAUGAACCGGGGAACCGAACACAAAAAUAAUCCCCAACAUGGAAAUAGAUGGGGGACCAGUGUGUCUAUAAAAAAUGAAUACCCUUUUCAUAAUACCUGCAGAAUCACAUCCCUGUUGCACAAAGAGAUAAAGCAUGAGUGGAGCUUGAUGAAACUGUUGAACAGUGGACACAGAGUGGGCAGUCCACUCCAGACACCGGCCAAUAGAUGGAAAAUUAUUUUUGUCUGUUCCACCAGAAAUCAUUUGUAACUUCUGUUAUUUAGUGAGAAAUAUAUUUGUUGGUAAAAUAUUUAAAGUAUUUAAUUUAAGGAGGUACCAGCAGAUGGAGCACUGGACAGAAAAAUGAGGUUCUGAUUGGGCCGGUUUGCACCACAGUGUUAACGUUUCGGAGUCGCAUAUGCAACACAACUAUUACAUUAUGUCCUAUAAACAAGGAACAGUUGAUAUCUAAUAUUGUAGCAGUGUGUACAUGACUAGGUCCCAACAAUGUGCUUAUAGGAAAGAUUUAGAAAGAAUAGGCCCUGUACAUUACACUCGGGUGUUUUCACUUAAUCUGGCUCAUUAGGCCUCAUCUCGGGGCAGCGCUGAGGUCAUCAAUUCACGAAUACAAAUGAGAAAGAUGGAAAUACAACAGAAAAUGUCGAUCGGCCACUGUCGGCAUAGGAUCCUCAAAGAGAGUUCUUAUCACCCACACCUGUGUGGGUUCAGGAUCCUUAAAAUGUGCCAGACAGCUGCCUCCUGUGUCAUCACGCCCCUCGUGAACAUACCUUGAAACCGUCUCCGAUGUAUUCCUGAAGCAUUUAAUGGCGUCUGUCUAGUUCAAAGACCAGCGAGCAUCAAUCAGUGUUGGUGGUCCACAAUGUGUGUAAGCUAAAGCUGUCAGUGCACUUGAAUAUCUGCUUGUGUGUGUAGAGUCUCGUUCAACUUGAAGUGUGUAUAAAUGUAACAUUGUUUUCUACACAAACUGUUUUAUAAUUUCUAUUACAGACAGUAGUUCUGAAAAUAAAUCUUAAAAUGUGUACAAGUUGUUCACUCGUUUAGAUUCAGAAUAUUCCCACAUGAAAAUAUUUCUUGUGUACCUCAACACACUUCCAAAGUGUGUAAACAAAUGUGUGUAUGCUUCAUAGGUUUGCUCUAGGAGGGAGUCACCAGCUGCAGUGGGAGGACCGUGACUCACUCACCGUCCCAGUGCGCACUGUGGACCUCUUGCCAUAUUUGGCUGCCUGCUGCUCACUUCCGACACCUCGUCGUCCAAUCGGCGGCCGUGUAGAUUCGCCAGCCAUUACGAGCGCCACACACGACACUGGUGACUCAAUAUCCCGUCCGCCCCGGGGUCCUUCAAUAACAAACUCUUCACGUAAAGCCAUUACAAAGACCGUAUCCAAUGAUCAAUUAUUCAGCAGACAAAAGUACUCACGUGUCCAUUUUAUUUUGUCAUAUUUACAGUUCUGAAGUGCUCAAAAAGACAGCGUACAAAUAUUAUUACAAAGUGUUAUUUCAGGUCUAUAUCACAAAGUUGUAUGAAC